ACUUUGUUAUACGUUCCUCCAUCUUUCUUCACUCUUCCCUUUCAUGUCUAAUUAUCCUCCAAUGGCUAAUUCGCAGCAAAUCGAAACAUCCACAAACCCUAACCCUAAUCCUCCUCCUCCGGGAUCCCCACCGUCGGCUGCAGCCGUUAUUUCUCGACCGUCAGAUGAAGAAACGAAUCGUUCCGCCACAGCUAAACGUCCACGUGAGGAAUACGCCGCCGGCACUACGGACGAGGCUGGUUUGUUGGGGGACGAUGUGCCGCCGUUGAAGAAGCGGGUUAAGGUUUCUCAAGAUGUAGUGUACCGUAUUGUUGUUCCGUCAAGACAGAUCGGGAAAGUUAUUGGUAAAGCAGGGCAUCGUAUACAGAAGAUUCGUGAAGAAACUAAAGCUACUAUCAAAGUUGCUGAUGCUAUUGCUCGUCAUGAAGAGCGAGUAAUUAUCAUUAGCUCCAAAGACAAUGAUGAUAUGUUUAGUGACGCGGAAAAUGCCCUUCAUCAAAUUGUGUCACUUAUUUUAAAGGAUGAUGGUGGCAACCUUGACGCACAGAAAGUUGGUGCUGGACAUGUGGCAGCAAACACAGUAAGGUUCUUGAUUGCUGGUUCUCAAGCAGGUGGUUUGAUAGGAAUGUCAGGUCAAAAUAUUGAAACUUUGAGGAAUUCUUCUGGAGCUACGAUCACAGUUCUUGCUCAACAUCAGUUGCCUCUAUGUGCAUCUGCUCAUGAGUCUGAUCGUGUAGUACAGCUUGCAGGAGACAUCCCUGCGGUCUUGAGAGCUGUGGUAGAAAUUGGCUGUCAAUUGAGGGAUAACCCCCCUAAACAAGUAAUUUCGAUCAGCCCGACAUACAAUCUUGGUUAUUCUCGCGCACCUCAACCACAGGUGGAUCCAUCUUCAGCUGAAUAUGUUAAUCUGACUAUGUUAGUUCCCGAAUCAUUAGCUGGUGGGUUGAUUGGAAGGUGCGGCUCCAAUAUUUCACGGAUCCGUGCAGAGUCUGGAGCAACUAUUAAGGUACAUGGCGGGAAAGGUGAGCAGAAACAAAGACAAGUCCAUCUUGGUGGUAGUGCACAACAGGUCGCCCUUGCAAAGCAAAGAGUUGAUGAAUAUGUCUAUUCCCAGUUGAUGUUACAAGCUGGUGGUGAGCAGCUACAGGAUACAAUGCAGCUCCAGCAGCAGUCUAUGCAGCUGCAACAGUCUAUGCAGUUGCAACAUUCAAUGCAGAUGCAACAACAAAUAUCCAACACAUCUGCUACGCUGAUGCCAGGAUAUAAUCAUGGUCAUGGAGUUUAUAUGAACAGUAACCAAGAAGCUCAUAUGAUGACAUCAUACCCACAAGUCUACACAUCAACCAACCCUCAAGCUCCUGCUUACUAUGGUCAGUCUUAUCCAGCUCCACAAAUGUAGAAGCAAAAGGGGGUCUUUCUCGUACAGCUUUUCAAUCAGAUGAUUGAUAUACACAAUGUAGACAAUUUCUUGUUGUGUCAUUAUUUGGGUUUCUGAUAUAAGCAUUGGAGAUGGUCGUUUCGGCCAGGAUGUCUCUUGUUGAUGUUGCAACAUAGUUUGCAUGAGAUCACUUAAUUCGUGGAAUAUUGAUGGAAAAGUUUAUGCUUAAAGUUUUACGAUCAGUGAAUCUAGUACGUCUCUGGGAGCGGCAAAUCUACUGAAGGGAGCUUAUAAUAGCAGUUGCAUUGAAGAACAGAAACAGGGAUGCAUUGCACGUCAGACGCGGUCACCUCCCAUUGAACUGAUUUCUGAAGAACUUUUAAAAAGCACGUGAAUGAUUUAGAAAUGAGAUGAUCAGGAGUGAUGGACGAGGGAGAAGCAGAGCUCAGGACAAUGGGCUGCAGCAAAAAGAUUGACCCUAAUUCAUCGGUUCAAUUAUUUCUUUUUGGCUCCCAAACCAUUCAAAUCCCAUCACCCCUCUUCCUUCUCCCUACCCCUUGCCAUAGAGUGUUCCCUACCCCCUCCCCACACCCCGCCCAGCACCAUCAUGCAUAUCAUUCCCCUAAUCCUGCGCAGCAUUAUCACCGUGUAUACGCUCCCAUAAGAUGCACUGCCAUGUCUUUGUAUUUGUUAGGUAGAAGCUCAUUGACACAUUGCGAGUCAAUCUCUUACAAAACAGGAGUGGUGUUUAUGUUAAGCAUGGUAUACAGGUCUUUGAAAAUUUAAAAUCGA